AAUCACUUGCCUACCCAAAUCCGCCAAAUCCAAUCGCGACGGUGGUGGUCUCCUCCUCCUUCUUUCUCUUCUUCUGCUUUCUUCCCAUACCACACAAUCAAAAGUCAUCUCUCCUUUUUAACCCGACCCGAAUGCUCUGCCACAUGUCCACCCAGUUCUACUACUAGUCCGUUUCGCCAUGUGCUCUGUAUCCGGUCCCCAUAACUGCUAGGGUUUCUCUCUCUUCAAUUCCGAUUUUUCACUUCCAUUUUCUCCACCUCGUGGAGCUUCAGCAAGUCCAGGUCUACAAGCCGGCGCUAGGUGAGCAGCAGAGGGAGCCGCCACGCGCGGCGGAGAUGAUGAGCGCCGGUCAGUGCCAAGCCAUGGGCGACCUCGACGAUUCUCAGCUCGUCGGAGCUGUUGCGGCGGUUGUUAACAAGGAGGUGAGUAUGGCUGAGGUGGCGGCGGAGGUCAAAGAGGCGAAGAGUAGCGUCGGGAAGAAGAGGCGGGGCCGGCCGCCGGGGCCGGGCGGGCAGGGAAGAGCUAAAGCCACGCUGGUGAGGAAAAAGAACGAGGAGGAGGAUGUCUGCUUUAUUUGCUUCGACGGCGGGAGCUUAGUGCUUUGUGAUCGGAGGGGAUGUCCGAAGGCGUACCACCCGUCAUGCAUCAAGCGGGAUGAGGCGUUUUUCAAAUCAAAGGCCAAAUGGAAUUGCGGUUGGCAUAUAUGCAGCAGCUGUCAGAAGGCGUCGCAUUAUAUGUGCUAUACUUGUACAUAUUCAUUGUGCAAGGGAUGUAUUAAAGACGCGGAUUACCAAUGCGUACGAGGAAACAAAGGAUUCUGUGGAACUUGUAUGCGGACUAUAAUGCUAAUUGAAAAUGUGCAAGGGAAUAAGGAAGCGGCUCAAGUGGAUUUUGAUGACAAAAGCAGCUGGGAGUAUCUCUUCAAGGUGUACUGGAUACUUCUGAAAGGGCAACUAUCAUUAACUUUGGAUGAUCUCAUUAACGCUAAAAAUCCUUAUAAAAGACAGGCUGUUGUGGCUUGUCAGGGAGGAGCUUCGAAUGAAAUUUGUGUUGGUCAUAGGACAAUUGAUUCAGGUUCCCUCAACUCUUCUGUGGACCUAGGAGCAUUGAAUUCCAAUGGGUCUAAUAAAAAGCCUAGAAUUGGUGAAAAAGGGAUGUCUUUUCCUGAAGGCACAAGUUGGGCAACGAAGGAGCUCUUGGAGUUAGUUGCUCACAUGAAAAAUGGCGAUGUAUCCGUGUUAUCUCAGUUUGAUGUCCAGGCACUUUUGCUGGAGUACAUAAAGAAAAACAAUCUUUGUGACCCUCACCGAAAAUGCCAAAUCAUUUGUGAUCCAAGGCUCAGAAAUCUGUUUGGGAAAGAAAGUGUCUGUCAUUCAGAAAUGUUGAAGCUUCUUGAAUGUCACUACCUAAUAAAGGAAAGUUCCACAGAAGCAAAUAAUAUUGGUGCUGGAUUUGUUAAUGCUGUUGCUACUGAGAUGGAGAUUGAUGGGAAUGAUGACAAUCAAUUGAUGAUGUGUAGUGAUAAGAGGCGUAAAACACGCAAAAGGAUUGAUGAGAGGGUAAUCCCUACUAAUCUAGAUGCAUAUGCAGCUAUUGAUGUUCAUAACAUCAAUUUGAUCUACUUGCGGCGCAAUUUGCUUGAAAUUCUACUUGAUGAUGUUGAUAAAUUCCAUGAAAGGGUUGUUGGUUCAAUUGUGCGAAUAAGAAUUUCUAGUAGUGAUCAAAAGCACGAUACAUAUAGGCUUGUGCCAGUUAUAGGGACCAACAAGGUUGCUGAAGGCUAUAAGAUUGGCACUCGAACAACUGACAUGAAGCUUGAAAUCUCAAACUUGGACAAGAAAGAGAUCUUACCAAUUGAUCAGAUCUCUGAUCAGGAGUUCUCCGAGGAUGAAUGCAAACGGUUACGUCAGAGUAUAAAAUGUGGGCUGAUGAAACGAUUUACAGUGGGAGAGAUUCAGGAUAAAGCAAUGGCACUUAGAACACUUAGAGUAAACGAUGAGUUGGCAGCUGAGAUUUUACGGCUUAAUCACCUUCGUGACCGUGCAAGUGAAAAUGGACACAGAAAGGAGCUGAGGGAGCUUGUGGAGAAACUACAGCUUCUGGACUCGCCGGACGAGCGUAAACACAGGCUAAAUCAAAUUCCUGAAGUACACAGUGAUCCUAAAAUGGAUCCAAGUUAUGUGCCUGAAGACAGUGGGGGAAAAGACCUGACGCAAGAUGGCAAUGUCAAAUUAAGGAGAGUCGUCUCAGGUAGAAAGGAAAGGGUAUCUUUCUCUCCACGGAUGGAAGGUGGUAUUUCUAAUAAAAGUGGAAGCAAGACACUGAAAAAUCAAGCUAGAGAAGCAUUUGGUAUAAAUGGAUUGAAUACGACAACAAACCAAGCUAGCGCCAUUGGUUUGGUUCGCUGCGGUAGGACUAAUGAGUCAGCCAUCGAAUCUAAGAUUGCUUCUGAGGUUGGAUCAGAAAAUACAUCAGGGUCCUUUUCUGCAGUGAUGAAGGUAAACUUACCUAUUGAGAGUUUUCAAAUGGAGAAGAUUUGGUUCUACCGGGACCCCACUGGAAAAGUCCAGGGACCAUUUGCUAUGGUACAGUUGUGUAAAUGGAAUACAACUGGAGUCUUUCCUCCAGAUCAUAGAAUAUGGAGGAUAAAUGAGGAUGACUCCAUCCUUUUGACUGAUGCAUUGAAGGGGCAGUACUGUAGAAAACCGUUGUUGACAAAUGAAAGCAACAUACAGUCUCAAGGAUUGGAAGUUCCCUUGGAUGAAAGAAACAGUGGCUUGGAUGGUAGAUGCAACAAAGGUAUGAAUGCAACUCCUAUAGAUGGUAAAAAGGUUGAAGAGAGCUGGAACACAAAGCAAGAUGGUCAAACUUUGCAGAAUAGUGGUAAUACUGAAGUUGUAAGGAACAGUAUAGCUGCAGACACUGUCAAUUCGAAUGAGAAACAAUCUGGAGAUAGUGGUAGUGCUGAAGUUUUAAGGAGCAUUACACUCGCAGAUGAUGUCAAUUCCAAUGGGAAACAAGCUGGAAUCCGUAAUGUUUGUAGUACUGAAGUUAUUAGGAGCAGAUCACCUGCAGAUGCUGUCAAUUACAGUGAACAACAGACCGGAAUCCAUUUACAAGGAUGCGAUUUAGUGAAGAUUGAUUCUCCUUUGUCCAAUCAUCCCCAAGAGUGUAGUUCACUAACUUCGACUGUGUUGUCGGUGAAAUUAGAUGCAACCCUGUUGCACCAAGAAGGGGAGGGUACAACUGAAAAUAACUCAAACCAGAAGAAUGGAAAUAUGGAUUGGCGAAAGACUACUCAGGAUCAAAUGAAUGAUGCACGGGGUAAUGAGAACCAAUCUGAUAGUGAGGGCCAGUCGGUGCAAUCUUCUGCACAAAACUGGACUCACGCACCUGCAAAUAGUCCUUCACCUUCAAAUGGCUGUGAUUUUACCUCUGACUUUGUUCCUGUGACUAAAACAUUUGAGACAUCAGAACAAGAUGAGAGGGAACUUGAUUUUCCAGAUUUUACCAGUCCCACUUCGAAACAAAGCAAUGGAGACGUGCGAGGUGAGGCUUCUGAAAAAAAUCCAUCUCUGUCUUCAAAUCUCCCUGUUCAGGAUGGAGGACAUAGCUGGAGUGAUUCUAAUGUAGUUGGUGGUGGGGAGCAGCUUCAAAAAGUAGUUGGUGAUUGGGGUGGGUAUUCCCCAACCCCAGCCAACCCAUCUGUUGAGGAAUGGGACUCCAGUCUUGUGUCUGCAUCUUCUCUUAAACCAAGCGAGAUACCUAGUAAUUUUGUUGCAACUCCUGUUUCCGUGAGUGGUCAGAUGACGGAACCCAUCAUAUCCCAGCCCACCUCCAAUGCAUCUAGUUGGCCGGAAAUUCUUACUGAAACCAAUGAGUUUUGCACUUUACCUGCUGAUGAGUCAGUUUCAGAUCUUCUGGCUGAAGUUGAAGCUAUGGAGUCCCUGUGCGGCUUGGCUACCCCAACAUCAAUCAUGCAUUGUGGAGGGGAAUUUAUAGAGGGUUCAAAAAAUGAUAGUAUAAGUUCUGUAGAAGGAUUCAGCCCAGCACCUGAACCUGGAAAAGGUGAUGCUUUAAGCGCGACAUGUGAUUUACAGUUACUGUCUGAAGCGGUGGUGACAGAGGAACCACUUGCGGUAUGUCAGACAAGCAUUCUUGAUCUACAACUAAGGUCUGGUGUGCGUUCUUCCACAAGAGCCCAGGGAGACGGAAAGCCUAGUGAUGUUUCAGUUAAAGAACUGGAGGUAAAUGUUUCAGUUGACCAAAUGGAAGCCAGUGAGAUCCAAAUGAUUGCUCCAUCCAAGGAAUGUUGGGACAUGUCUAGUACAGACAAUCCAUGGAAAGCUGGGUUAGAAAGCACAGAAGCCAGUACAGAAGCAGUUCAGGGAAGUAUAAAUGCCAAGUGGGGAGGAUCAGACCCUGGGGGCACAAAUGUGCAUGAUCUGCAGCAAAUGUCGGGUAUACAUUCAUCCAAAAGCAAUGAAGGGGAGAGAAAGCCUAGUGUUUCAGUUAAUCAACCGGAGGCAAAUGUUUCAGCUGACCAAUUGGAACCUGGUGAAAUCCCGAUCACUGCUCCAUCCAAGGAAAGUUGGGACAUGUCUACUGCAGACAAUCCUAGGAAAUCUAGAUUAGAAAGCAGGGAAAACAGUUGUGAAGCAGUUCAGGGAAAUGUAAAUGCUGGCUGGGGACAAGGCCGAGGAAGUACAAAUAUUGGUUGGGGAGGACCAGACCCGGGAAAUGCAAAUGUGGGUUGGCGAGGUGGUCAGGGAACAAUACAGGGAAACACAUUCAUAAAUUCAAGUGCCCCUGCCGGAGGAGGGACGUGGGAAGGUCAGUCAAGACACGGAGGAGACAAAUCCUCUGGUCCGAGAGGCCGGAGUUUUCCAAAUAGGGAUGUAGGUUUUGGCAAGGGUAGGUAUGCAGGGGACAGGCAGGCAUUAUAUGGUAACCGGAAUGGAGGAGGUUCAUUCGGGCAGCCUCCACGAGGCCAGCGGGUUUGUAAAUAUUACGAAAGCGGGUAUUGCAGAAAGGGAGGAUCGUGCACUUACUUGCACCCAUCAUGAUUUUGAGUCUCCCACAACAAGUAGAAACUUAUUAGGAGAAUUUGUUGAUGCCAAUUCCUGUAAUUUAACAUGUAUAAGUAGCCGUCAUCUGGCUCGGUGCAUAAUAAUUCUUUCGCUAAGA